AUGACCAGCAGUGGUAACAGUGGAGGUGGUGGUACUAAGUCGGUAACACAGUUCCUUCGUGGUCUUGACCUCUCAGGAGUUAACUUUGGCUCCGUGGGGGAACAUGUAGCUGCCCAGUCUUCGGAUGGUGUGGCCCGACGCAGUAAAAAUCGUGCCAUUGUUUCGGCCGCUUCGACAGUCUUCCCUUGCACCCAACCCCUUGAAAAAAUGGCCCGUUUAGAAUGGCUAAAACUUCGCAACUCCCAACUCACAAACUCAGACUUGCCCAGCGAGCUCAAGUAUCUCAGUAGGCUUGAAUAUCUCUCUCUAGCUAAGAAUAAGCUCACCCGCCUUACCUCUAUCACCGAUUGGCCCAAAGUUUUCCCCAAUCUUCGUGUGCUCAAUUGUCGAAAGAAUCAUUUGGCUACCGCGGAUGCCAUCCCACCCGACCUCUUCUCUUGUCCCAAUCUCCAAGUUGUAGACUUCAGUUGUAACCAGCUAACUCAAGUGCCGAAGGGGAUUGAGAAUGCUUCAGGACUACUGGUGCUCAACUUGAGUGAUAAUCAGUUGACAUCGGUACCACAGGAGAUUUUCACCGAAUGUACAGAAUUGAUGCUGCUAGAUCUGUCGGGCAACUGUCUGACGUUGCUACCGGCUCAACUAAGGAGAUGCUCGUCACUUCAACAACUGAUUUUGAAUAAUAAUCCUUUUCAGCACUAUCAAACGAGGACUAUCGUUGCUAUAAAAAAUCUGGAGGUCUUGCAUAUGUCAGGAACCCAUCGUCGCCUGGAUAACAUUCCUAAGGAGCUAGAUCGUCUGACCAAGCUAGCCGACCUUGAUCUCUCCCACAAUCAGCUGGUUGGCAUCCCCGGACCCAUAUUUGAUCUGCGUGCUCUUCGUAAGUUGGACCUGAGUCACAAUGAGAUCAGUGAACUCACAGCUUUAACGGACAAUUGGCCGUCUCUUGAAUACCUUAAUUUGAGUCACAAUCAACUCUGCAGUCUUCCUGCUGGUCUCACCCGACUCACAAAAUUGAGAAAACUCUAUCUCAAUGAUAAUCAGCUCACCUUUUCUGGUCUUCCCUCAGGAAUGGCUAAACUCAAUGAUCUAGAAGUGCUCAAUGUCUCGAAUAACAAAUUGGAGAAUAUUCCGGAAGGUACCCAAUCGUACUCAUCUCAACUACUUAUUAUUAAUUUCGAUAGUCUAUGUAGAUGUGGCCGCCUAAAGCGUCUUAUCCUCUCGAAUAAUGAACUAGAGACUCUGCCAGAUGCGAUUCACUUUCUAAUUGAAAAUUUGGAGAAAUUUGACGUGGAUAAUAACCCAAAGUUACGAUUCCCUCCCAAACCACCAGCUUUGCAAAAGGGUGCUGGGCUUGCUUUCUAUAAUAUUGAUUUUUCCUUGGAUGGUCAGUUGCAGAUGAUGAGGGGCAUUAAACCGGAACCUAGUGAGGAUGUGAAGAAGGGAAAGGAAUCCGCCGCUCGUCUGAAACGCAUGCGACGACGUCGACUGGAUGGUGGUGAAAACAGUGUCGAGGAUCUAGAGGGGAGUGGACAGGUCGUCUUGGCUGGAAUGCGGCAUAUUGCUGGCGAACGUGACGCCAUUAUGCGUCGACGGUAUGCGGAAACCGCUGCUGCUGAUGCCGAGAAGCAGGCUACCGCGAAGAGAUGGAAAGAUGCCCUAACAAAACCAAACCUGGAUUAUUCAGAAAUCUUUGAUGAGGAUGCUGGCACUCAACUUGGCGUGGAAAUUUGGGUUAUUGAUGAGUUCUACCCUAAGCGUUUCGAACCCGAAGAUGAGGAAUACGUGGGGCAGCUCUUCUCCGGUGACUGUUAUAUCAUUCUUCAAACCCGCGAAGUGACCGAAGUGCCCAGAGACGGAGGAGCCACAGGCAACCGUGAGUGGAAUGUCUUCUAUUGGAUUGGCUCCAAAGCGAGUCUGGACAAGAGGGCCUGCGUCGCCAUGCAUGCAGUGAAUUUGCGCAAUUUACUGGGAAUUGACGGACAAACCCAGAGGGAGGAGCAGGGCGAUGAGUCGCAGGAGUUUCUGGCUCUUUUUCCAGGCAAUAAGAUAACUAUAUUGGAGGGAAGCAGUGGGUCAACGGGUUUCCAUAUUGUGGCUUGCAAGGAGGCGAUUGUCCGUAUGUAUCGUCUCUUCGGUCAAGAGAAGACAAUGUACAUAGUCUCCAUGCCCGUAUCUCCCGCCUCCCUUGAUCCCAAGUUUGUAUAUCUCGUUGACGGUGACUCCUGUCUCUACGUGUGGUUUGGCUCGAACUCCCGUCGCCUUAUCCAGACCCGUGGUCGCUUGCUUGCCGAAAAAAUUGCACAAAAGGAGCGUCUCAAUGAAGCAACCAUAUCGCUGGAGCACGAAGGUCGUGAAUCAACCGAAUUCUGGGCCGUUGUAAUGGGCUUGUGGAAACCAGCUCCCCGACCACCGGCUGUGGAACAUCAAGAAGAACGACCAGUUCAGGCCAUUGUGGAUCAUCCAAAGCCUCCCAAAAAUGUACAGAAACCUCCUCCGGCCAGAGACUAUAUUUCGGUGGAUUGGAAACUUCCUAAACCUAUUCUAUACGAUGUAAAGCUAGGGAAGGGAUAUUUGGAACUGCUUCAGGUUGAUCUUCCCUUUGGUCAGCUCACCCGAGGCAUUCUAAAUUCUGAUAACGUCUAUCUGGUAGACAGUGGCGGUGAACUCUUCGUUUGGAUGGGAAAGCGAUCAGCCCGUUUUCUACGCUACGCUGGAUUCAAGUUAGCUGAAGAAUUGACUGAGAUGAUGCCUCGAGGCUGUUUCGGUGGUGCAGAAGAGAUCCUAAUUGAUGAGAUUGUGGCAGACAACUCACUGGAACCAAUUGUCUCCGCUCACAAAAGAUUGCCUCCUCAGCCAUGCCCGGAGGGCGCUGAAAGUGAGAUCUUUCGUGCUCAAUUUGUCGGUUGGGAACCGGCAAUGGCGGUAGAUUUCACGCGAACUGCUCAAUCUGUGACAGAGCGUGGCGCGGAUCCCAACGUCAUCCUCGAGAGAGAUCAAAUUAAAACGGAUCUCCGUGCUCUCUUAGCGCCACGGGAGACCCCACUUGCUUGGGACAAGGCUAUUCAAUUGAUGAAUGAUCUUAAUUAUGAGUUGAUUGAGCCCCUCGAACUGGAUGCUGACUUUUUACAAGGUUCACCCACCCCUUCGCUCCAACAGUUUGUCAUUUUAGACCGAAAGUGGGCUCCAGUUGACCCACAAUGGUUUGGUCACUUCUUCAACAAAGACUCGUAUAUUGUCAUUGCGAGCUAUUGGGACGAUGAAUUUUCUUCAAGCAGCGAGGAAAAUACAAAAAACAAAGAUGAAUCACCUACAGACAAGACUGACAACGGAGGGCCCAAUGGAGCUUCCACAUUAGACCAGGAUGAGGAAAUAGAUGAAGAGGAACCUACAAAGACAGUAGUUUACUUCUGGCAAGGUCGAGAGGCAUCUGAACUGGCUUGGCUAACAUUUAACUUCUCACUCCGAAAAGAUAUGGAGGCCAAACUCUCUCGAAAUCCUAAUGCCAAUGGCCGUCCGCUAAGUGUGGAAUUUAAACGCGUGAAACAGCAGCAGGAGGACAUGUACUUCCUUUCACACUUCCUCCGCAAGAUGGUUAUCCAUUCUGGUAGUUAUCGAGAUCGUGAUGAACCUGAAAGACGUGAUGCCGUUCAGUUCUACCAUCUCCGAAUGAAUGGAAACCCUAUUGCUACUAGGUGUCUUCAGGUGAAACCCACCGUUCAGAAUUUAAACUCCGCCUUCUCCUACAUUUUACGGGUGCCUAAGACUAAAGCAAAUACCGAUGUGGAUAAAGUCUUUGUAUGGAUAGGAAAAUUGGCUCAUACAGACGACAUAAAGAUACUACAAUCAAUUUGUGACCAAAUAUACGAUCCCGAGACUACUGAUGUAUCGAUGGUAUCUGAGGGUGAAGAACCAGAAAUCUUCUGGCAAACACUAGGUGGAAAGGCAAGAUAUGAUCAGAAUGCAGAUUACUUGAAUUAUUCCCGCCUUUUCCGCCUGUCAAAUGAUGCGGGCUACUUCCAUGCUUCGGAAAAGUGUUCUGAUUUCUGUCAAGAUGAUCUUGCCAAUGACGACGUGAUGAUGUUGGAUAAUGGUGAGCAGAUAUAUCUCUGGCUUGGUCGAAAGACAUCAGAUGUGGAAGUCAAGCUCUCCCUUCAGGCUGCCAAGCUCUAUAAGGAACAUAUGAGUCGGGCUCAACCUAGUAAACCAAGGCAGCUCAAGUUAACUGCUAAGAAUGCUGAACCAUUUAUGUUUAGACGGUGCUUUCAUGGUUGGGGGCCGUUCUAUGAACCAAUGGAUUGGUCGGGCUAG